AUGUCGACUUGUGGGAGAUUACAGUUUGAUGCCUACGUAGCCGCAAGAUCAGAUAAUGUACGAGAUUUACUGUCUCGCUUACUAGGUGCAAGAGAUACCAAGAAACCAUUAGUCUUUGUAGUGGAUGUGGGUACCAAACCAAGGACAUCGGAUACCAGGAACAUCAUCAAUGUUGAAGGAAGCGAACCACUUGAUUUCGACUAUUAUAUGGGGCUCGAUGGUAACAGAGCAGCACUCGAGUCGGAAUCUGAGUCUAGUUCAAGCAGUCUCGAAGAGGCUAAGCAAUCUUUACGUACUGCAUUACGCGCGCGCUGCAACAAAGUAGACAAGUGCGUCCGGAAGUGUCCCCCUAGGAAACCAUCAUGCCCGUUCAGUUGUCAACAAGUUUUUGACAGCUUGAACCUCUGUCCACCACCACCGCCUCCCCCAGAUCCUUGCAAGAAACCGAUGUGUGGAAAAACUAUGCCACCCGCUUGGAGACUUUUUUUUGAUUUGGACACCAGUAGAAGAAUACAAGAAAUGGUGUCUAUAAAACAGGGAGGAAUCCCUGCAAUUCUGGCAAUACUUUUUGUUAAUUUUAUCAUUUCAACAAAAGCUUCACAAUCUAGACGCUCCAAUUAUUAUGAUAGAGAAUCUGAUAAAAAUCCUGUUUUGUUGUAUUUGGAUAACUCAGGAGCAUCUAAUGCACUAUUGUCUCAUAAAUAUGACAGAGAUGUGGGUGAAUUCGAUUUGAGAGGCAAAAGUUCAGCAUCAUUAAUAAAUCUGUUGAGCUUAUUGACUCAGUCUGCAAUUAAAAACGUCGUUAAUAACCAGCUCAAAGAUUCCAACAAAAAUUACAGAGAUAGAACACAGACUUCCAACUACCAUCGAUACGAGAAUAACCGUGAUAGAGACGAUGACGAUAAAUAUAACAGAAACAGAUAUCGUGAUAACGUCAUAGAAGACAGGAAUAAUCGACAAAGAGGAAGAUACCAACGGGGUAAAGACCGAUUUAGAUUAUAUAGAUCUCGCAAACCUCUAAGGAGUGACGAUCGAGCUCAAGAAAGUAGAGAUGAUGAUAGAAGAGAAAGAGAACAACGGGACAGUGACAGAAGAGAUAGAGAUCAGCAGGAUAAUGACAGAAAAGAUAGAGAACAAGAUGACAGCGAGAGAAGAGAUCGAGAUCGAGAACAAGACGAAAGAGAUAGAAGAAAUCGUGCGCAAGAUGAAAGAGACAGGAGAGAUCGCGAGCAAGAUGAAAGAGAAAAAAGAGACCAGGAACAAGAUGAAAGAGACAGAAGAGAUCGUAUCCGAGAAGAACGAGACGGAAGAGAUCAAGAAGACGAUAGAAGUUCUUAUCAAGAUAGGAGAGGAAAACCGAUAAUCAAAAAGGGGAGUGCCCAAGCCCAAAUUCCAGUAAUAAAAAGCAUACUACGUUCUCUUAGCUGUAAUGCAAGAGACGAGUGCGAAGAUUCAUGUAGCAGUAUUAUGAGCAGGCCAGCAAAGAAUGCGUGUGAAGAUGAAUGUGAAGUAAAAUUUGAGUGUCCACAAGAACAAGAGGAUGAUUCUUGUGAAUCUUGCACAACACCAAAAUCAUGUACUAUUGGAGGUAGUACAAAAGGUAUUACUUUAGAAACGGCUCCGCCCAGCUGUAAGAGAUGUUGA